CUUUUAAUUUCCUCUAAAUUUUAUUCAUUCCCAGCACACACACACACACACACUCUCUCUCUCUCCUUGUUCUCUCUCAUGCAGCCUUGUAAUGAAAGCAGUGCAUGAGGGUUAGAUUGAUUCUUGAAGAUUGAUGUUUGUUAUCAAAAACCCAAUUGAAGUUUCAUGUUUAAGUUUCCACCUUUGGCUCUGAGUUCAUCAAGAUCUGUUUUUUAUGCCUCAACUCACCAGUUCUAACCGUUUGAUUCAGAGGUGAGAUGGACAUAGCAUCUAUAAAAUGUCUGAUCAACAGUAUAUCUCGAUUUGUUCACCUAGUUUCAAGCCAAACAUCGAAACAUAUUCCUAUUCAGAAGGAUUACAGAACCAUAGUUGAUGUACUAAAGCUUUUGAAGUCAUUGCUUGAUGAAGUAGUUGACUUUAAAAUACCGUCAGAUGACAUUCUAUAUAAAGAGUGUGAUGAAUUGGAUAUGGCUGUAAAUGGAGCUAGAGAAUUCAUGGAAAAAUGGUCUCCAAAGUCGAGCAAAAUUUUAAGUGCUUGGUGGGGUGAACCAUUGUUGAUAACAAUCCAAAGCUCAUCACUAAAGAUUUGCGGCAUAUUACCUAGACUGUUGCAGUCAUCUUCAUCUGGCUCAAUCUUAGCAGGUCUUCAGCACUGUAUGCAGGAAAUUCAAUCUUUGAAGCUGGAAAGAGUAUCAGAAUACUUAGAAGAGGCUCUGAAAAGUCCAAGAAAAGACGUCAUGCCUUCCACCAAACUUCUUAUGAAAAUUAUCGAAUUGCUUAAUCUGACUUCAAACCAAGAACUGCUGAAAGAAAGCAUUGCUGUAGAAAAGGAAAGGAUGAAUGUCGAAGUCAGCGAUGUUAGAGGGGAAUUAGAUCAAAUUAACCAAAUUGUGGUUCUCGUCUCCCAUAUUCGUGAAUUCAUGGUCAAAAUUGAGCACCUUGAAACUGCAUCUGGCGUCCCAAUCCCUUCGUACUUCCGCUGCCCUUUGUCUUCAGAACUAAUGCUGGACCCUGUGAUCGUAGCUUCAGGUCAAACCUAUGAGAGAUCUUCCAUCCAAAAAUGGAUUGAUCAUGGGCUAACUCUCUGCCCAAAGACCCGACAGAGGCUUUCCCAUACAAAUCUCCUUCCCAAUUAUACUGUCAAAGCUAUGAUAGAAAGCUGGUGUCAGGAAAAUGAUAUAAAACUUACGGCGAACUCUGACGGCUCUAAUGCUAUCUUGGUCCCAUCUCCAUCAGAUGCAGAUUCAAUUCACACGGAUAGUUUGUAUUGCUCUACACACAGUAGCAAUUCGACAUCGAGGUCCUCUCUUGAAGUUGGAAACGUAUUUGAGAAACAAAAGAAAGAUGUCUCUCCUAGGUUAGGUGGACAAAAGUCCAAUGAAUGCGAUAGCAACAAGAAAGGCCACUCAUCACCAAAACAGUCAUAUAGUCAUUGCAGGAGUGAAUCAGCCACUAGUGCUGCUUCCAGUAUUGAUUAUGCACUGCCAGCAUCCAUUAAGGUGUCGGGGAUAUCUAAUAAGCAUGAAAAUGUUCGUAGGUUGUCUGGAGAAAUCUCAUCUGCGCAUGAAGUUGCUUCUUCUCCAGAUAAAGAAACAACAAUACCCCCCGGGUUAUCAGGAAAAUUAUCUCACAUUUCCAAGGCAAAAGCAGAAGGGGCAUGGACUGACAGCCCCAGUUAUCCCAACAGACAGCUGCUUCCAUUUUCUAGUUCAGGAUCUGACGAGUUGACGACAGCAUCCCGUGUCAGGAAAUUAAUUGAAGACCUCCAGAGCCAGUCCAAUGAAGUGCAAACUAUGGCGGCAGAAGAGUUGCGGCUUCUUGGGAAGCGCAAUACGGAGAAUCGAACUAUUAUAGGUCAGUGUGGUGCUAUCUCGUCGUUACUUUCACUUCUAUAUUCAGGAGUGAUGAUAACACAAGAGCAUGCUGUGACAGCUCUUUUGAAUUUAUCAAUUAAUGAAGACAACAAAGCAAUGAUUGCAGAAGCAGGGGCAAUUGAUCCCCUAAUCCAUGUUCUAAAAACAGGAAGUGACGGAGCCAAAGAAAAUUCUGCUGCAGCUUUGUUCAGCCUCUCUGUAUUGGAUGAAUACAAGGCAAAAAUUGGUCGGUCUGGUGCAGUCAAGGCCUUGGUUGAUCUUCUAGCCUCAGGGACUCUUAGAGGGAAGAAAGAUGCUGCUACUGCAUUGUUCAAUCUGUCAAUUUUUCACGAAAAUAAAGCUCGCCUAGUUCAAGCUGGGGCUGUGAAGCAUCUUAUUGAUUUGAUGGACCCUGAUACUGGGAUGGUUGACAAGGCCGUUGCUCUCCUAGCAAAUUUGUCCACCAUUGCGGAGGGGCGCGUAGCAAUUGCACGGGAAGGGGGCAUUCCAUUACUAGUUGAGAUUGUUGAAUCAGGUUCCCAGAGAGGAAAGGAAAAUGCCGCCUCCAUACUGUUGCAAUUGUGCCUUCAUAGUCCAAAGUUUUGUACUCUUGUUCUUCAGGAAGGAGCUGUCCCUCCCCUGGUUGCCUUAUCUCAGUCUGGCACACCAAGAGCAAAGGAAAAGGCACAGCAGCUUCUCAGUCACUUCAGGAAUCAGCGAGAAGGGGCAAUGGGAAAGGGAAAAUAAAGACAUUUACCUGUUGCUGAUUUUUUCUAAAUUUAGCCCCCAUAACAUUUUCUCCCUCAAGAUAUUUCUUUAGGGAUAUUUUUUUAUAUAUAUAUUCUUUAAUUUAUUUUAGCUUCAGAGAAGUCCAAGCAUUUUUCUUCCCUUUUUCUGAUUAGUGGUCAUGGAAAUAUUGCGAAGUACACGCAGGAACCGGAUCAGCAGCGUACAAUGUCUAAACUUUUCCCUUUUUUCUCCUCCUUCCCGUUGAGCUUGGGAAGGCGGAAUUUAUGUGAUAGGUAGGUAGGUUUCUUUGCUCUUAGUUCUCCUGGGAACUUAGCUUUUGCUUGAGUGUUUGAAGCAUGUAGUGUGACUCAAUUUUUUUUGUCUUCUGAUUGAUUCUGUUGGUUCUGAAUCACUGUUGUAUAUAAACUUGUACAUAACGCUAUAGACUUCUGCAAUUUGCAAUAAUAUGAUCAGAAUGUUCGCUAUUUGUGCAA